AUGACGAGGUGCCUUGGCGACAGGGAGGCCGUUCGUGCAUCCAUCCGCCCUGCAUCCCUCCUUCGGCACGCAGCACACGCAGCAGCACAGACCCCGCGUCGCAUCCCAGGGCAUCAAGGGGGGGCGCAAUCGAGGACCUGCUGCUGCUUCGUGCAACAGAGGCGUUUGUCGUGCUGGUAUCAGUCGCAGGCCCGGCGCCCAACAAGUCGACGGCAUCCCGGCUCUCAAUCCGGCGGCUCUGGCAGACGGGACGCUGCCCAACCUACGGCCAGGCCAGGUCCAGCGAGUACAGGGCCUUACAAGUUCCUCCGCUAG